AUGCCAAAGAUAAUCCCAGGGCCCCUGAGCGAGAAGCAUGGAGAGAUUGACCAGGUCGAAAAAGUCCACGUUGGAACUCGCAUCAACGAAGCGUACGACUUUGCCUCGAGGCCAGAGGAAUGGCAUCAGGAGUACACCAAGAAGCUCCUACGCAAGAUUGAUCUUCGGCUUCUCCACAUGUUGAGCUUGAUGUUCUUGAUGAGCUAUCUCGACAGAAGCAACCUCGCCCAGGCGCGUCUUGCUGGACUUGAGGCAGACUUGGGCCUGGUUGGAACCCAAUUUAACACGUGCACAUCAAUCUUGUUCGUGGGCUAUCUCGUCAUGCAACUCCCGUCCAACCUCAUUCUUACUCGGGUAAAACCAUCAAUCUACCUGCCUGCUGGUAUGUUCCUCUGGGGCGGUAUCAGCGCGGCCCAAGCUGGCGUGAAUAGCUACGGCGGUCUGUUCGCCUGCCGUUUCUUGCUUGGAUUUGCAGAGGCACCCUACUUCCCCGGAGCGGUCUUCUUGAUGUCGACUUGGUAUACACGAAGCGAGCUUUCCAAGCGCUAUGCAGCUUUUUACGCCGGACCAGCCUUGGCCAAUAUGUUCGGUGGCCUGAUCGCUGCGGGCGUGCUCAAUUCCUUGGAAGGUCAUGCGGGCCUUCGAGCUUGGCGCUGGCUGUACGUGAUCGAAAGUGUCGUUACCGUUGGCCUGGCAGUGAUUGCCUUUUUCGUGCUGCCCGACUUCCCACAGAGUACCAAAUGGUUAUCCGACGAAGAGCGGGCAUAUGCCAUGUGGAGAAUUGCCAACGACAUCGGAGAAGAAGAAGAAGACACCAAGGAGCCAACAAUGAUGCAAGCCGUCUGGCUUGCCGUUUCCGACUACCGCACAUGGAUGUUCGUUGCCAUGCAGCAUUGUGUCUUGUUGGCGCAGACUGUCACGUUUUUCUUCCCGAGUAUUGUUCAAACUCUGGGAUAUGACAGUGUUACCACGCUGCUCCUGACGUGCCCCGUCUGGGUGGCAACCUUCAUCGCGACCAUGCUGAACGCUUACUCGGCAUCCCGAUACAAGGAGCGCUGUCUCCACAUCGUUAUCCCGAUGUGUGUCACCAUCGUUGGCAACGUCAUGGUUAUAACUGUCACGGCGCGCGGUCCACGGUUCUUCGCUAUGUUCCUCAUGGCAAUGGGUGCGCAGUGCUGCUUCAUGGUUGUUCUUACUUGGAUAUCGAACACUUUCCCACGCCCGUUGAGUAAACGUGCUGCGAUUAUCGCCAUUGUCAACCUAAUCGGGAACGCAUCGAACAUCUACGGGAGCUACCUUUAUCCGUCUACGGCUGCCCCUAUGUACGUCAACGCAGGAGCCACAGUCGCUGUUCUGAGUUUUGUUUGCAUUCUCCUGGCCAUUGUCAUGCGAUUCGCUCUCAAGCACGAGAAUAAAAAGAUCGGUGCCAUGGCUGUACAUCCCGAACAUGAUUAUCACCAAGAUCCGGCAAAUGCCGUGGAUAGGUACAAAGGGGACCAGCAGAGGAUGGUGCUUUACCAGAGACAGUUCAGAUAUAUGUAUUAG